UGACAUUUAAAUUGUUUUAAAACAUCGAUAAUAUUGAUUAGUGCAAAGAAGAAAUUAAUAAUAUACUUCGGAACAUGGCAUAUGAAUAAAGAAUUGAAUUAAAUGUUGUGUACUUAUGUGCAGUAUUUUAUAUAUCGUAUUCUAGUGCAUCCUGCAUAAUUAUACUGCGUUGUAUUUUUAUAACUAUAAAAUACAUCCUUUGUCGGUCUUAUUGUAAAGAUUCGAUAAUAUUUAAGAAAAUAACAUAAUAUUUAACUUUUUGCAACUAUCUACUGACAUUGAUGGAGUAUUGAUUGUGUUACCUGAAAUAAUACACUUAUAGAAAUGCCUACUUAUUAUAAAUGGUGUUCUGUUAAGAAAGAAAAACAAAAACAUGAAUAUCCUAGUUUGGAAGUUACAAAUCAUCCAUUACGAGUUGAAGUUCAUAACUUAAAACAUAAUUCAAAUAAAAGUUUACUGAAAAGCCUACAGAAAUGGAGUUCUUCAUUUGAAGAAUUGGACCCAUUGUUGAGAUUUGAACAAAUGAAUUUAGAAAAUAACUCUGAACCAACUAUAGAAAGUGAUGCCACAAUGAAUUACAGUAAAAUUUGGAGUGUCAAACGUACAGCUAUUCUAAACAAAUAUACAACAGGAGAAAAAUUAACAAUUAUCAGUAGCUAUCUGCCGGGUGGUGAAAAAAUUAGUUCCUUUUCAGCUCUUUUAAGACAGGUAUCAAAUCUUAAUGAAAAGGUAAAACACAGAUUGGAACAACUUGAUGAUUUUGAUGAGUCAUCUGUUAGGAAGACAAUGGGAUUAAGCCAACAAGAGUUUGUUACAAAAAUUCAUAUGCUUGAUGAUGAAAUAAAAAAGGCCUGGGAGACCGAACAAAGAGUUAAGGCUUUUAAAAUUGCUAUUCAAUGUUCUAAGCUGCUAUCAGAUAUAAGUGUCAUGCAAUUCUAUCCAAGCAAAUUUGUUUUGAUAAGCGACGUAUUGGACAAUUUUGGAAAGUUGGUUUACGAUCGACUUAAGAAAAAGAGUUUUGGCGAUGCAGCCAUCAAACUGGAGGAUAUUGAUUCAGGAUUGGUUCCCGAGUCGGCUAGGGAGACAUGUCAGAACUGGAUGUUUAAAAUGGCUUCAAUCAGAGAGCUACUUCCACGAUUGUAUAUGGAAAUGUCCUUAUUGAAGUGUUAUGUAUUUAUUUCAAAGGACGAAAUAAAACCUGCGAUUGCUAGAUUGAUAACCAUGAUUAGAGGCAUUGGAAAUCCCCUCGUUGCAAUUUAUAUCAGAGUAUAUUUGUGUAAAGUAGCUUCGGCGCUGUACGGAAAGGAGAGCGAAUGUUAUUUUCAUGAUAAUCUUAAGGAGUUUCUGGAGGAAUAUCAACAGAUUUUUCUACCAGCUAUGGCUAAAAAGUUUGGUGCUCAGCUUUUGACGGCAGAUAAGUACCUCAGUCUGUAUAUUCCGGCCAUAGAUUGGCUACUCUAUGGAACAUUAAAUACUAUUCCCUGCAAACUCACGCUGCUGGACGAACUGUUGCAGUUGUGCGACAAAACCGAAAAUAGUGAGCUGUUACUCUAUUGUAUAGUAUCAGGGUUUGAUUCUCCAAAUAUUAUAAAGAAGUCAUCAGCUAUUCUGGACACUAUAAAGAAAUCAGCGGAACACAUGGUUCUCCUGAGCCCAAUAUUAUCUGCGCUCGGAGAGCAUCUUUGCCACGCUGACGUCUAUCGUCAGGUUUCCUCUGAAGCUUUGAGUCAAACUUGGUGGAAAAUAGUCAGCAAUAUGAAGUCGACUGCAAAUUUCCUGCAAGUGUUAGAACCUUGGAUACAAUUCGCAUGCACGCAAUUAUCGGCUCAGCAUAUAAAUAUGUUGCUACGUGGAACAAUACGUUACAUGAUAAAGUGCGGUAAACCGAUUGAUGAUUAUUCCUCGCAAAUACAGUUAGUCGUAAAGAGGAUGUUGAAGUCAAUUCCAGACGUUGAAGAACUUUUUUUGAUGGACGCCUUCAUGCCGCUUGUGGAGCUGGUCCAAACAUCUAAUGCACGCACGAUGAUGGCGAAAACCGUACUCAUCGUGUUCUUCGAAAGAUGCAACUCGGUCCAAAUAGAAGACCAUAUUAUUAUUGCGAGUUUGAUGAGACUUUGUUGUAUACUUCACGAGGCAAUCAAUGCGGUGACCGUGGAAGACGAGUUAAAAAUUAGUUCAGAUCUAAUAAAUAAAUAUAUUCAAACUGUAUCCUAUCAAGACGAUGCGCGGGAGCAGUUGAAUUUCUACGUCGAGUGUCGAUCUGCAUUUAUUAAACUUGAUUCAGUACUUAAAACCCUAGUGCACGCGGUGCACGCGCUGGCCAACCGCGCGCGGCCGGCGCGCUCGCGCUGGCUGUCGCGCGCGUGCGCCGCCUACUGCUUCGUGACGGUGCCGUCGCUGCAGUGCGCGCUGUGCCGCGCGCAGCUCUACCUGCUGGGCGCGCACGCCGCGCUGCUGGUCGCCUGCGUCGGACAGGCCGAGGCGAAUUUGAAAGCUUUCGUGAGCUUGAUUCCUGACAUUCCCCUUUACGUUCAAGAAGACGGACAGAACAAACCCACGCACGUUAAAGUUGUAGGUCUCCUUAGCAAUUUUCUCUCAACUCUUCUCAUUUUACCAGACAAUGUGGAUAGUAGCAGCAAAGCAUAUAUUCUGAGUGGAUUUAUAAAGACAAUGGAACGAAUACAUUGGAGGAAAACUGAUCCAUUGUAUUACACCUUACUGCUCAGGACUUUGGAUCUACUCUGUAAUUUGACGCAAGAAAAAUACAUCUAUCACAUAGACGGAGUGAUUUCCAACGACGAGUUAUAUGGUUCAGAAGAAGAGUUUAUAGACGUAUUAGAAAACUACGCAACAAAUAUAUGCCAAGAGUUGCUAGUUGUAUUGAAAGCACUAGGCGAUGCAAAGGAAACGAAUAAACAGUACAAUUUAGCGUUGGAAUUGUUUUGGAGAAUUAUUAAAAGGGGUGACCUAAGGGAAGGUUCUAUGACCAGUUUGGCGAUAAAUUUAUGGGUUUUAUCCCAAAAACUUCAAGAUUCUAACAAUAAGUUCGCGAAGACAUUGUUGUCAGCUUUGGAACGGGAUACAAGCGAGGAGGGUCGACUUCUAUUUGAUAAAUUGAACGAAACUUAAAUAUUAUAAACAUAUUGAGUGUCUAUUUAAAUAUAUCUUGAAUAUUAAUAUAAGUGAUUAUAUAAUUUACGGCUACCCGUCCCGGGUUCGCCUGGCUGGAAUAAGGGUUGACAUGGAACGUCUAUAUUGAAGAAUAAACAUAAAAAAUGUUAUUGUUUUUUUGGACUAGAAAACUUCUCCGGCUUUCGCAGAACAACUCACCAAGGUUUCAUCAGAAGCGGAUGAAAGGGUUUGGAACUCGUAGAUGAAAAUACAAACAGAUAUUUUUAUUUAUACAGAUUAUAUAAAAUAAAUAUUUCAAUUCGUGGUAUCCUUUCUUUAUCCUACAAUGUAUUAUGCUUCUUAAAAAACGUUAUAUCUAUGUGUGACUCUUGUAUUGUAAUCAUAAACAAUUUUCGGUACAUAAUAAAUGAA